UGUCGUAUUUAAUUUUCCAAUAAGUUCAUGAAUUCGUCCAUUUCCAUCGCAAACAUAACUUUAAUUAUCUACAUAGACUCUAUUCCAUUAAUUUAGCUGGCCAGGCUUUACCUUUAUGUCUUUAUAAGCCACAAUCAGAGCCGCAAUAUUCGACAUAAUCCCAAUGAGACGAUGGAUUUCUCAACACUUUGCCGCACUUGUCUCGGUACAACGGCUUUGAGGCCCAUAUUCGCUUCGAGUGCGGAUUACAGGCGCCAUGCGACUGCUGUGUUCAUUACUACAGGCGUAAAAGUUGAACUAAAUGAUGGGCUGCCACAGCAAAUAUGCACCAUAUGCUUUGACUACAUCAACAGUUCCCUAAAAUUCCGAAGACAGUGUAAAAACUCGGAAAACAAGCUGCUUGAACUGAACCAAACUAAUUCAAAUAAAGAAACAUUAACUAACAGUAACAAUAUGGACGAUUGUGACAUUGAAGAUUUAAAAUGUAAUAUUGUGAAGACUGAAUUGAAAUGUGAAUUUGAAUUGCCAGAUGAAAUGGAAAUUGUCAAAUGUGAAGAUUCUGAUGGCGAAAAUGAUACACCGCUCGGAUGUUUUAAAAGUAAGGAGAAUGAAGAGAAAAGUUGUGAUGUACUGGAUGAUGUGAAGAUGAUAGGAAAUAAAAAGUGUGAUAAAAAGAGAAAAGUGCAAAGGGUUACCUGUAAGAUAUGCGGCAAGGACCUGUCGGUGCGGAGUCUCCGCGCGCACGUCACGGCACGCCACGCGGCCGUCGCCGGCCUCCGGUGCGGGUAUUGCACGUUAGAGCACGCCAGUAAAGAGGCGCUCGCGACGCACGCCGCCAAGUGCCCGCUGAAGAAGAAACGACGGGUCUCCGAUUCGGGCAAGGAGUUAGUACCGUGUGACGUCUGUCACAAGCUGAUGCAGAGGAGCAGUCUGCGCGCGCACCAGGCCGUCAAGCACAAGGGGCUAGGACCCGUCUGUGAGCACUGCGGGCGUCGUUUCGGCAACAAGUUGCGUCUGAGCGAGCAUCUCCGCGCGAAACACGGUUACGAAAAGUUGCAGUGCCACCACUGCCAGUUCCAGAGCUCAAGCAGAGCCGCCCUUGAGAACCACGAGCGCCGCCACCGAGGAGAGAAACCUUUCGUCUGCGAAACUUGCGGGGCAAAGUUUCACGCGGCGUAUCUUCUGGCCCAGCACCGGCAUAGCCACCGCACCGAAAAGCGCAUCAAGUGCGGGCUGUGCGGCGCGGCGUUCAAAGCGACGAACAGCCUGCACGCGCACCGCGCCGCCCGCCACGGCGCGCGCCGCCACCGCUGCCCGCUGUGCGCGCGCGCCUUCGCCUGCAGACACUACGCCGUCAAACACUUACGCGCCGUCCACGCCUUUAAGGGCACAGUGCCGCCGCUGCAAGUCGACCCGGCUCCGACGUGAAACUGUCAUCUACUUGUAACCUCACAAAUUAUAUAAACA